CUGUUACGGAUGGCAUGCAGAGACGAAGAUGAUACGGCGACGACGACAAGGAUGAUUUUCAGGACUUACGAUGGAGCGGCUGGGAUGGACAUGGAUGGAGAUACCCCUGCAUACACGGCGUUCAGGUACACGGUCUUGCAUUUUCGGGCCCUACGGCAACAUACCCUGGGAGGAUACUGGCGUUACACUACAUAGCUGGCUUUGCAACUCCAUCUCACCUCAAUCCUUCGGUGACUGUGGUUGCUUAGACCGAAUCGAUCUGUUCAUCAAUACCCCUAAAUGCUUUCACACGGUGACGAGCAUGCAGUGCCUUUGUUCUUGGAGAUCCAUGCUGCGACGCUGGAGUGAGGUAGUAAGGGAUCUAUGAGAUGGCGUCACGUCGAUUCCGUCAAGGUAAGCAGUCUCAGGACAACGAGUAACACACAGCUUUAUCCGCGCUCAAGUCUUGUUCGCCCUCGAAUCUUUUGGAAAUUUCAUGGAUCGCCCUCAAGUUUGACGCCAGCGCAAAGGAGGCACCCAG